UCCGUUUCCAAUCAUGGUCAGCGGGAAAAGACUGAGAAGCUCAGCCUGACAGAAGAUAACGAUUUGCUACUACAAACCGUGGAGUUCCCUCAAGGCACCAAGUCGCUGUCGUACGAGGCGAAGGGAACUGGCGCUGCUCUGCUACAAAUCAGCUACCAGUACAAUAUUGUCGAGAAGGAGCCGAAACCUAGCUUCAAGAUUCAAGCUGUUAUUAAACCGGAWUCGCCCCCAGCCAAGUUAGAGCUCAGCGUGUGCGUUGAAUAUGUAGAGGAAGGCAAGGCUAAAGCAUCCAACAUGGCCAUACUGGAAGUCUCACUACCCUCUGGCUAUACCGUAGAUGAGGACAGUUUCAAGGACAUACAGGACAUCGAACGCGUCAGGCUGGUAGAAACCAAGAAUGAAGACUCUGUGGUGGUCAUUUACUUUGAGAGUCUGCCCAAGGGAGAAAUCAAGUGCCUACCGAUAGAAGCGUUCAAGACUCAUGCUGUCGCCAAUCAGAAGCCCGUCCCGAUUGUCCUCUAUGAUUAUUACGAUACGAACAAGAAGGCAACUGAAUAUUACCAAGUGGAAUCGAAGCUUUGCGACAUUUGUGAAGGAGAUGAAUGUUCGGCCAAAUGUUAAACACCAACUUAUCGAAUAAUAUAUUUAUAUGAUUUUAA